AUGUCGCUACUUCGAAAGCCGAUGAAGCAAUACUCCUGGCUUCCAGACUCCAUUCAGGACGUCUAUGAGUGGCUCCAUUACUGUGAGCCCACCUGGGGCUACACAAUCUACCGGACGACCUACACUCCCCAAUCCAAUGCCGCUUUCCCGCGUAUGGUCGACCUCACCACGAAGCACAUGAAGAAUGGAUUCUACUGGGAAUACGAAUCUUCCCUUAGCUGGAGACCAAGGGCAAAGGAGUUCAUCAAAACGCCCUGGGAUGAAAUCUGGCCCAAUUACCAGCCACGAGUCAUUCAAGAUGCUUCCCAGUUCGACGGAGCAUCGAUCGACCAACUCCGCGAGCAUUUCAGGGCCGACGCAAUUAAGCGUGAUGUGCUCGAUAUGUUUCCUAGCUAUCGCAUGUUUAUUGUCAUUGACGAAGAAAGUUUUCAAACGUUACAGGACGCUCCCUUUCCAGGGGACAUGAACUACAAAGAGAGGAGACGUCAUUACGUGAAACUCGGCGAGGCGUUGGAGGUAGAUCCACAUGAGGAUUUUCCAGGGCAUAUGAAGUGUUCCCUGCCCUCGUUGUGGGAGGUGUGGACGGAUAUGUAUGACGGGGGUUAUAUGAAGGACUGUGGUGCGAUGAUACCCGACGAUUCUGAUGUUUUGUGA